CGAUGAGCUCCGCGGUUGACUUCUCGGCCUCCGUCAGGACGACCAGCCGAGCUCAGAGCGCAGCGAGCGGCGUGCAGAGAGGAACAUGGAGCGCAGCGUUGGGUCGCUGCAGGAGCAGGCCUUAAAGAGGAAGGAGAGGCUGAAAGCACUGCGAGACAAACAGCUGCAUGGGCGAGAUCAGGAAGAUGGGGAGCCAGAGAACAAAAAAGCGUCACUAGAGGAGACUACUGAGGAAAAGCACAGAGAGCUGAAGCUGAGGAAUUACACACCAGAGGAUGAAGAGCUGAAGGAGAGGCAGGUGCCCAAAGCAAAACCUGCAUCAGUGGAGGAUAAAGUAAAAGACCAGUUAGAGGCAGCUAAUCCAGAGCCCAUCAUUGAAGAAGUGGAUUUGGCCAACCUCGCUCCAAGAAAACCAGACUGGGAUCUAAAGCGUGACGUUGCAAAGAAACUGGAGAAGUUGGAGAGGAGAACACAGAGAGCGAUCGCCGAGCUCAUCCGGGAUCGUCUGCGGGGCAGCGAGGAGGAGUUGGCCGGAGCGGUGGGAGCAGUAGGAGUGGAAGAGGGAGACUCGGACUGAAUCCAAUAUGUGACCGAUGAAUAAAAAGGAGACUCCAGAGGGAUUGCCUGUGUUUACUGGGACUGCACUGUACUGUCACAGCUGUGUUGUGCACAAAGAGAUGUCUGCUUUUAUCGCUGCAGGGAGUAAAGUCAUGGUUUCAGUCAUGUCUUCUUUUUCCCUUGCGAGUCCCGCCUUGUAUCAUUGCAUUAUUCCAUAUUAAUAUGUAGUAGUGCAUUCUGUGUACAUGGUUUAUUGAUGUGCGGUUGUAAUGCAACAAAAAUAUUUUUGAUGUAAGUUUUACAAUUUCAAGUAAAAUAAUGUGAGUUUUUCAA